AUGCUCGGAGCGGCCCGCGCCCCGGCCGCCAGCGUGAGCGCUGACUGCUGCAUCCCCGCCGGCCUGCGCCUGGGGCCGGUGCCGGGAACUUUCAAGCUGGGCAAGUACCUGUCCGACCGCAGGGAGCCCGGGCCCAAGAAAAAGGUGCGCAUGGUGAGAGGGGAGCUGGUGGACGAAUCGGGGGGCUCCCCUCUGGAGUGGAUAGGGUUAAUCCGGGCAGCCAGGAACCCCCAGGAACAGACUCUGGAAGCUAUUGCAGACUUACCCGGAGGACAGAUCUUCUACCGAGCGCUGAGAGAUGUCCAGCCAGGGGAGGAGCUGACCGUGUGGUAUUCCAACUCUUUGGCUCAGUGGUUUGACAUCCCUACAAUUGCAACUCCAACACACGACGAGAAAGGGGAGGAGCGCUACAUCUGCUGGUAUUGCUGGAGGACUUUCAGAUACCCCAACAGCCUGAAGGCGCACCUGCGUUUCCACUGCGUGCCCAGCAGCAGCGCGGGCCGCGCCUACCUGCACCCGGAGCACGCGCCUCGCCAGGGCGCGCCCCCCGCCGCCGAUGGCCUGUGCCUCCCUCCGAAGCACCCAGUGCCCCAUUUCGUCGGGGCCGCCCUGGCGGGCACUCUGCGGCCCCCUCCGCAGGCGCCGCCGCCCAUCCAGGCCUGCGGAGCCAGGGAGAGCAUCAAGCGCGAGGCCACUUCUGCGCUCCCGGCCACCUCCCCGCCCCCCGCCAAGUGGGGGCCGUCCAAAAAGGGCAAGGAGCCCCCGGACCGCACCCUGGACGCGAGCGGGGCCGCCCGGGGGCAAGGCCACUUCCUGGGCAUCCUGGGGGGCUCCCCAGCGGGGGGCGGCAGCGGCCUGGCCUUCUACCCGGGCGUGCGCUCGGCUUUCAGACCCGCCAGUUUGGCCAGGACGGCAGCCGCCACCGCGCUAAGCGGCGACGCCUCCCGGGAGGAGGGCGGGGACAAACCCGGGGCGGGUCUGCUGGGAGGGGGCCGUGCGGGAGGGCGCCCUGGAAGCAGGGAGAACCCGGCGGCGGCGGCGGCGGCGGCGGCGGCGGGAGGUUUGGGCCAUCACCAUCACCAUCACCACGCUCACCACCACCAUCACCACCACCCUAAGUGCCUGCUCGCGGGGGACCAGCCGCUGCUGCCGCCCCCGCCGGGUUUGCCCUGUUCCGAGACGCUGCGCAUCCCUCUGAUCCCGGGCCCCCCGGACGAGGCGUCCGCCUUCAAGCACGUGGAGCGAGCCCUGCCCGCUGCGCUGCCCGGAGCCCGGUGCGCGCCGCUGCCCCCGCCGACGGGUUUGCACCUCGAUCGCUGCGCACUGCCGGCCCUGGGUGCGAGCGGGCUCAAAGCCUACCCCGCGGGCGAGUGCAGCCACCUACCCGCCGCCGUCAUGCCCGCCUUCACCGUCUACAACGGGGAGCUCCUGUACGGCUCGCCGGCCGCCGCCGCCGCCGCCGCCGCCUAUUACCCGCUCAGACUGCACUUGGGCGGGCUGCUCAAGGUCCCCGAGUCCCUCUCCUACUUCGGCGGGCCCGCGGCCGCCGCGGCCACCCUGAGCCCCGCCGAGCUGGGCUCCCUGGCCAGCAUCGACCGGGAGAUCGCCAUGCACACGCACCAGCUCUCGGAGCUGGCGGCCGGGAAAGGCCGCGGCCGCCUGGACGCGGGGCCGCUGCCGCCCGCCGUGGUGGCAUCGGGGGGCGCGGGGGGCGCGGGCGGCGGCGGCGGGGGCGGCGGCCCGGGCAAGCCCAAGGCGGGCCACCUGUGCCUCUACUGCGGCAAACUGUACUCGCGCAAGUACGGGCUCAAGAUCCACAUGCGGACGCACACGGGCUACAAGCCGCUCAAGUGCAAGGUGUGCCUGCGGCCCUUCGGCGACCCCAGCAACCUCAACAAGCACAUCCGGCUGCACGCCGAGGGCCACACGCCCUACCGCUGUGAGUUCUGCGGCAAGGUGCUGGUGCGCCGCCGCGACCUGGAGCGCCACGUCAAGUCCCGCCACCCCGGCCAGGGCCUGCUCGCCAAGGUGGGCGACGGCCCUCCGGGCGCCAAGCCGGACUACCACCCCCUGGACCCGGGCGAGCCCAAGAGCGACAACGACAGCGACGUGGACGUCUGCUUCGCGGACGACCAGAGCGACCCUGAGGCUGGGGGUGGCGGUGAGCGCGUCUCCUAA